AUACCGGUUUACGAUAUGGCUAAGCUCAUGGUCCACGCGAUACAGCGAAGGCGUCAGUCGGCGCCAUCUGCAGCUUUCUUCCUCAACAACGGCAAUCCUCUAUCCUCAACAUCUCAGCCAAACCUUUCUAAAGUUUUAGAGGCAGAAGGGAAGGAGGGAGAGGACCGCACGAAGGAUGUGGUGUAUGAGAAUAGGGAGUACAGAGACAGAGUUUCCCGUGCAUCUACUCCCCCCUUGCAGCGAGUAUCCCGUGCAUCCACUCCCCCCUUGCAGCGACAGUUCGAGGAACCACUUCAGGGUUUCCACGUUGUCAGGCCAAGCUCAUUUCAACCCAGAGAAAUAUCCACCACUCCUCCACGAAGCGUGCUGGUCCCCAAAGCCAGAACCCCUGUCUCUUCUCACCACCUGGAGAAGCUGAACUCUGUAGAGACCUUGCUUUGUGAGAUCAUGUCCCGACUUGACAACUUGGAGUGUUGUUCCAGAAGCAGUGUCAGACCCAACAAAGUCAGACAAACCAGAAGCAAGACAAAAGUGUCUCUGAAAAUAAGGAUAUUCCGGGAACAGCGUCAGAUCAGAAAACACUUGUCCAUGAUCGACAAAAGGACUUCUCUUCUUACAAAGAAAGUAGACAGACUCAACAGUCAGACACGAAUUGGAAAAGAAAGACCCCAACAGUUAGACGAAAUCCUGAAAUUUCUUCAAAUUGAGGAUUUCAGAGGUAUAUUGGAAAGAGAACAUGUAUCCAGGGACGACUUUUUCCUCCUAAACAAGCCAGAUCUCAAAGAGAUGGGUUUUCCACUUGGUGUCAGAAGAAGAAUUCUAAAUUACAUCCGAAACUGAAACUGCUGACCAGUCCACCUCCAACCUGGAAGUGUAACUGUAAAGCACAUAGUAAACAUUGCCGAUGGCUUCUGACAAGAUCAAGGGAAAAUGAAAUGAUAUAUGCUAUCAUCAGGAUCAGAGAUAACUAUUAAUUUUCAUUAGUGCAGAUGUAGGCUGAUAACGUUUUGAGAUAUUCAUCCGGGUUAUUGAAUCAUAUAAAGGAUGUAGCUGAGUAGAUUUCAUGCGGGUUAUUGAAUCAUAUGAUAGAUGUAGCUGAGUAGACUUCAUGCUAGGGGGAUUUGAAAGAAGCCUGUGAAGCAUGAUGUCAUGAUAAAUUAUGGUUAUGUGGAUUUGGUAUGUCGCAUGAGAAUUAUUGGAUCUGGUUGGAUUUUUCCAUUUGCGAUCGUGGUUUACGAAUUAACGAAAACAGUACUGUUUUUAAU